UCAGGGGGGACAACAGAAGGGGGAGACAGCAGCCCUCCUCCCUCCCACUCACUUCUCUCUGGGUUUGGUUUGGAUCCACCUGAUGCUUCCUCCUCCUCCAUUCAGCUCUGCGCCUCCAGCAGCAGCAGCUUCUCCAGGAACGAUCCACCGCCUCUUUAUCAGUCAAAUAUCUCUUAUAAGUUACUGAAGGAGGGAAAUGUUUGAAGUUUCGAUGCGAGUCUUUGUGUCUCAGAUGAGCUCCACGUCCCGUUCAUGAUUUCCGCACUCCAGAUUUCUGCAUUUCAGGCUGCAGGUUGGAACCAGUGGAGCUGAUUUACUGACUGAUGCGUAAAGUAGAGCCCGUCGCUGGAAUAUGAUGCGGAGAGAGAAGGCGUUCUUGCAGAAGUCCCAUGCGACCAAGCAGAUGUGACCCCUGGACCUUUCUGCUGGGCAUCAUGGGAUGUGGCACCUCAGUCGCCACGGAAACGCAAGGGAAAAGAGUGGAAAGAGUAUUCUCCCUCACAGAUGAAGCAGUCCAGGCUCCCAGUCCUGCUCUGACCAUGAAGGCAGCUGUUCUGAUCCAGCGAUGGUACCGGCGCUACAUGGCCCGACUGGAGAUGAGACGCAGAUACACCUGGAACAUCUUUCAGUCGAUUGAAUACGCCGGUGAACAAGACCAGCUACAGCUUUCGAGUUUCUUCAGUUUCAUGCUGGACAACUUCACUCAGCUGAACGGAAACGGACCAGACCUGAUCUCCCAGCUGCUGGACCCGGUGAUCGACCCCUGGUUAGACAGAGAGAUCUGCUACAGCCUGAUCCCCGUCCCAGAGUCUUAUUCUGGACCCCGACUGUCAUUUCCCCUCUCUGUGUCUGACACAAACGCUCUCCUCACUGCUUUUAAGGAACAGCAGACUCUGCAUGCCAGAUACGUCCUGCAGCUGCUGUACGAGACCAAAAAGCUCCUCAAACAAAUGCCAAACAUCAUCCACCUGUCAACAUCCUGCACCAAAGAGAUCACUAUAUGUGGUGAUCUGCAUGGCCGGCUUGAUGACCUGCUACUCAUAUUUUAUAAGAAUGGCCUUCCCUCUGCAGAGACGCCAUACGUGUUUAACGGGGAUUUUGUGGAUCGCGGGAGGAAGUCGGUAGAAGUGGUCAUCCUCCUGUUCGCCUACCUGCUGCUUUACCCAGACAGCAUGCACCUGAACCGAGGAAACCACGAAGACUACAUAAUGAACCUCAGAUAUGGCUUUACAAAGGAAGUCAUGCAGAAAUAUAAGACUCAUGGCCAGGAGAUCCUCCAGCUGUUUCAGGAUGUUUUCAGCCUUUUGCCGGUCGCGACGGUCAUCGAUGGAAAGAUCCUGAUCGUUCAUGGAGGGAUUUCAGACCAGACUGACCUGGAUUUCCUCAGCUCCAUAGAGAGACACAAGGUGAAAUCUGCCCUGAGAUUUCCCAAACGCAGUUUGGAGCAGCUGGACAUCGGUCAGUCCUGCAGACUCACCAAAAGACUGAGAUCAACAGACGGAUCUCGUCCCAGCAGCAGUCGAAGCCACAGCAAGAACCAAAGAACCCCAAGGCAGAGGAAGAGGCGAUGCGGGCUCAGCCGACAAGACAGCGUUGCCUCCACUUCUUCCUCCUCCUCCUCAUCAUCCUCCUCUUCCUCUUCGCUCUGCUCUCCUCGAACUCCCUCCUGCAUCUCACCUCGUCCUUGUCCGUCUUCUCCCUGCAUUCCUUAUUCCAUCAACGUCCUGCAAGUGCCUUUCCUGGAUUCUCUCACCUCUGUUCCCCUUCCGUCGCCUCCACAAAACGAACAGGAGUGGAAACAGCAGAUCGUGGAUGUUUUGUGGAGCGAUCCCAAGAUCCAAGAAGGCUGCAGCCCCAACACAUUCAGAGGCGGAGGAUGUUACUUCGGCCCUGACGUCACGCAGAGGCUGCUGCUCCAACACGGACUCCAGCUGCUGAUCCGCUCCCAUGAGUGCAAACAGGAGGGAUAUGAGCUCUGUCAUGGCGGACAGGUGAUCACCAUCUUUUCAGCAUCAAACUAUUAUGAGGAGGGAAGCAACCGUGGCGCUUACAUCAAAGUGGGCAGAGAGCUGGUUCCCCGCUUCUACCAGUACCAAGUCAGCCGCACAACUCGCAAACUCACCCUGACGCAGAGAGUACGAGCGGCUGAAGGUUCUGCUCUCAGAGCCUUAAAGGAGAAGCUGUUUGCCCAUCGCUCUGAGCUGAUGUGUGGCUUCCAGGAGUACGACCAGAAUUACACUGGCAGAGUGUCGGUCAGUGAGUGGGCUCUGGUGUUGGAGGCUGUGCUGAGGCUGGACCUGCCCUGGAGGACGCUUCGUCCACAUUUAGCCCGACUGGCACCAGAUGGCAGCGUGGAGUACCAGUCCUGCUUCGAAGACAUGGGACCAGGAAUUCCUCUACCUCAGGUGACUCCAAACUUGGCUGAAACUCUGUUCAGGUACCGGACAGACAUUGAGAUCAUAUUCAAUAUCAUAGACAAAGAUCACUCAGGUCUCAUCUCCAUCGAAGAGUUUCGUCACACCUGGCGUCUUUUCAGUGCUCACUUGGGGGUUGCCAUUGACGACAGCGCCAUCGACGACUUGGCCCGAAGCAUCGACUUCAACAAGGACGGCAGCAUAGACUUCACCGAGUUCCUGGAGGCCUUCAGAGUGGUGCACAAACUGGACAGCAAGGAUCCGCAGCUGAGUGAGAAGAUGAGUCGAAAGACGUAUUCAUGAAGGAAACAAUCCGAGUAUUAAAUAAUGGAAGACGGAAAGUAGAAAAGCACAGAGAAGAUUAAAUACCUUUUUGUUUUUUAAUCGUUAAAGGGAAAUUACCCCUGUAAACACUUGAUAACUAUAAAAUUACAGAUGAUUUGAAGCACCUUGUACUUUGUUUAUUGGUGCAUUUUGUCAAUUGUUGUGCUUUUAGCCUUGCUAAAUCGAUAAUCAGUAGGUUGGUUUCUACGUGAAAUGAAUGUCUUUCCAAGUAGCACUAUCAGCUGGUUUUUGGGUCUUUGAAAACAUCCUUCUUGGAUUAUCAUUGAAAUUGGUAGCAUUUUCAAGAAACGUGUUGGCAGAACAUAGAUGUGCUGGACGUAGAGGUGCGUAGGAUGCCAAACCCACACAAUGUAGGAAGUUUAUCCUUAAAAAGUGCUAGAAAAUGUCCACUAUAGUAUGAAGCAGGUCUUUAGACGAGGUACAACUUGAUUUAGUGCAGAUGUCGCUUCUCAGAGCAGCAAAGUACUAGUCCCUCUUACAAAUUUACCUCGUAUUAACUUCAAUUCUUUUCUUUUUUCUUGAAUAUUUUCCACCUUUUAUUAGACGGUACAGUGGAGAAACGGAGUAACUGUCAUAGAUCGAUGAAUAAAGGAUUAAAAUGGAGGUAACUUUAAGUAGAAAGAAAGCAAAGAGGUGAACUUUAAUCAAAAAGCUGAUACAAAACAACACACAAUCCAUGUCAAAAGCACAUGGAGCUGGUGAAGAGUAACCAAAAAAAUCUGGAAGGUCAGUAUCUUAUUGUAUGUGUUAUGAAAUUUUUCUUCUGUUACCAGUGUUAAUGUUAACAGAAAAUGUAAGCAAAAUUGACCAAUUAUUGUAUGUUAUAUUUGCUUAAGAAUGCACGACAGUAACAUUGAAAUGGAUGAGUUUUAUUUACCGUCCUCCCUUUUUUACGGCGAUUUUUACACCUUUAACUGUGACCUCAGUAAUAAACACAUUUAUUUUACACAUUUCUCACAACUCCAACAAAAAUUAAACAUUAUACCCACCAUAAAUGUAGAAUAAAUGAUAGAACCGCUUUAUUUGAUUGCACUAGAUUCUACAGAUGCACCUAAUAAAGUACUGAUGACCCAAACUAGAAACACACUGCUGCAAUGUGUUCGUGUUCCCCAAAAAGGAAUAAAAUGCCCUUUUUCGCAACAAA